AUUACCUCAACAUAAUUAAAGAUUAUGGCCAACAGAGCCGACAGAGCCAAUUCUGGUUGUGAAGUUUGGGUGCGGAUUGCGUUGGGUGCUCUUUUGUUUUGUUCUGCUGCCCUAGGAGAAGUGAAACCUCUAUCAAUAAAUAUUGGUGCUAUAAUCGCGUUGAACACAACUAAUGGAAAAAUAGCUGAGACUGCUAUUGAAUUGGCGGUUGAAGACCUAAACAGAAACACCAGCAUUCUGAAUGGCACGCUCCUAAAUAUUCAUAUCCGAGACUCCAAACAAGAUGCACUCACAGGCGCUUCUGCAGCAUUGGAACUGAUAAGAAAAGGAUGUGUAAGCAUAGUCGGACCACAGACAUCCGUUGUGGGUGAGUUUGUUGGGUAUUUGGGCGUUGCAGCUCAUGUUCCAAUUGUGACAGUUGGUGCAACGAAUCCCUCUCUCUCCAUGCAUCGAUACCCUUACUUCAUUCGUGCAGUGCCCAAUGAUAAAAUACAAAUGAAGGCAAUAGCAAAGCUGAUAGAGGAGUAUAAAUGGACGGAUGUGGCGCUUGUGUAUGUAGACGACGAUUUGGGCACAUCAGCAAUCCCGGCCUUAAACGAUGCCUUGAGAGAAGCGAGGGCAAAAAUUGUUUUCCAAGCUGCAGUGGAUCCGCAGGCCAAUGUCUCUUCAAUAAGAAAGCUUCUUGAGGAUCAGUUGAUCGAGCUGGAGUCGCGAGUCUUCAUCGUGCAUAUGCAUGCUGAUUUGGCCCUAAUCCUGUUUUCCGAGGCGUACAAAUUAAAAAUGAUAAGCAGUGAUUAUGUAUGGAUCAUUUCCGAUGGAUUCGCCAAUCUACUGGAUUCCUUCGACGCUAAUUCUUUCCUCUCUAUGAAUGGUGUGUUGGGGGUCAAAAGAAAACUCACACAAACCGACCAGCCAAGGCUGAAUGAAUUUGCUAAAAGAUGGAAGCAGCGGUUUAGAGCCCAGAACCCUACAAUACCAAGCCUGGAAUUAAAUGCCCAGGCAAUUGUUGCCUAUGAUACGGUAUGGGCGAUUGCUUUUGCAAUCGAUCGUCUCCUGCAUAUGAAAUCGUGGAAGGGUGGUUUCUCAGAGACCUCUAGUAGCACCAAAGUUUUGAAUUUCAAGGUUUUUGACGGUGGAGAGCAAUUGCUUAAAGAGAUCCUAGAGACAAACUUUCUCGGCCUGAGCGGUCUUGUUCAAAUAAAUCGUGAAAGAGGAGAACCUUUGGAGUGCUCAUAUGAUAUAAUAAAUGUUGUUGGAAAUAAUUAUAGCGUUAUUGGGUCGUGGACAGAAAGGGACCUGAAUAUAUCUUGGAAACGAGAAAUUCAUUGGGGCAGUGGACCAACAAAGACGCCACGCGGAUGGAAGAUACCUGCGCCAGGCAAGAAACUGAAAAUAGCGGUGCCUUGGCAGCAAGUAUUAUCGCCAUUCCUCAAUGUGAAACUAGAUCAUGACAGUGCAGGUGCACAAAACCAGACUUACGAGAUUAAAGGCUUCUGUAUUGAUGUGUUCAAAUUGAUGCUCAAAAGAUUGGAUUAUGAAUUGCCCUAUGAAUUGAUACCUUAUGGAACUGGCAGUGUCACUGCGGGCUACUAUGAUGACCUCGUCUACCAGGUCUAUCUCCAGAACUUCGAUGCGGUUGUGGGAGAUGUAACGGUGCUUGCAAAUCGGAGCAGGUAUGUGGAUUUCACACAACCGUAUACGCUGUAUACGGAGUCGGGACUGAUAAUGAUCGUAGCAAUUUCAGACAAGCGCUCAAGUGAUUCCUGGGCCUUCCUGCACCCCUUUACUCCAGCCAUGUGGAUAACUACUGUUACAUUUUUCAUUUUCACGGGAGCUGUUGUUUGGUUUUUGGAGCACAGACAAAAUCGGCAAUUUAGAGGGACGCCUCGGAAACAAGUCUUGACAUUCAUCUGGUUUUCCUUUUCCACACUGUUUAUGACUCAAAGGGAGAGAAUUGCAAGCUGUCUGGGUAAAGCAGUGGUGACAAUUUGGCUUUUUGUAGUCUUUGUGUUAGUGUCUAGUUACACCGCCAGCCUGUCUUCGAUGCUUACAGUCAAACAAAUUGUACCAAAUGUUGAGAACCUUGAAUCUCUAAUCGCCCAAAAUUCGCCAAUCGGGUAUCAACAGGGAUCUUUCAUAGACAAGUAUUUGGUACAACAGCUUGGUGUGGAUGAAAGCGCACUUCGCCCAUAUUCAUCUGCACAAGAGUCCGCUGAUGCACUGAAGAAGGGACCCAAUAACGGAGGUGUGGCUGCCAUAUUUGAGGAGCAAAUUUUUGCUCAAAAAAUUUUUCUGUCAGCAGGAUGCAAUGACUAUACGAGACUUGGUCCCGUGUACAAAACAGGAGGCUUCUCAUUCGUGUUUCCAAAGGGAUCUCCGCUGGUUUCAGGUGUUUCCAAGGCUAUAUUAAAUCUUUCAGAAAGCAAAGAGAUGCAAGCAAUUCGGAAGAGGUGGUUCAAUUCAACUGAAAACAAAUGCAACAUUGAGUCUGGUGGAUUGGAUUCAAACAAAAUGAGCCUCAAAGACUUUUGGGGUAUAUUACUUUUCACAGGAUGCGUAUCAUUUCUCACCCUUGUCUACUAUCUAUGUCGCCUGCUUUACCGGUUUGUGCACAGAAAUGAGAAUUCAUCUCAUGAUAAAUCAAUCUCAACCCGAUUGCGAACGUUUGCCAAUUAUGCAGACAAGAAGGACAUCCAAGCACCAAAAAGAAAGAGACAUAAGGCCGACACUUUGCCCACUUCCUCUGAACUUCCUGUUUCAACAGAACAGAUGUGAACAGCAUUUCAGGAUUGUGUAAUCUAUCUACUAUUACUAUGAUGGUUGUGGAUUAAUUUUGGCUUCAUCGUUUAGCUUAAAUGAGCAUAUCCACGGCAAACGCGUUGUAAAUGUUUGUGGAAAUUCUAUCUUGACCACAAACAUGGGAUUGUUGCUCAAACUAAAAUGAUUGUAAUAAACUUGUGCAUGUACAACUGUAGAAAUUGUUGGGUUUUGUUCAAGUAUAGUUGCCGUAGUGAUAUAGGAUACCUCGACCCGAUAUAUAUUUGACAGUAUUUAUUCACUAGGAUUAAAAGUAGGUGUAAUGGUAAUGCUGAUAGCAUAUUAUAAUUUGAAUAUAAUUUGAAUAGAAUGUUUCA